AUGGAGCUCAGUCAACUUGCUCUUGUGCUCUUGCUGAUUUUAAACACUCACUCUGGACAGACUGAAGAAAGACCAAAACCCAAAGUGAGCAUUAAACCUGAUCAACAUGUAUUCAGAGGAGAGACAGUCACUCUCAGAUGUGACAUUGAUGCUGAAGGAGUCACUAUCUGGCAGUACAGCUGGUAUAAAGACGGUUUAGUCAGUGUUUUCAGUGAAGGACAGGAACACACAUUCAGGUCUGUUACUGAGUCUGAUGAGGGUAAAUACUCCUGUUAUGGAGCAGAGAGAGAAGGAUCACGAACAUCAAUCAUCAGUGAUGAAGUGACACUGACAGUAUCAGAUAAAGCCCAGACAGUUUUAAGUGUUUCUCCUCAGAAGUGGUUGUCUGAAGGAGAUCCAGGGACUCUGAUCUGUGAGGUUAAAGGCUCAUCUACAGGCUGGACAUUCAUCUGGUUCACUCAAACUUUUUCAUCAGACAACAAACCUCUUCUUAAGCCGCUCUCAGACAGCAGCAGAGGAGCUGGAGGAAACUACACUCUCAGUUCUGCUGCUCUAAAACACACAGGAGUUUAUGUGUGUAGAGCAGAGAGAGGAAAACCAGCAUAUAACACCACCUUCAGCAACACACAGUUAAUAUGGGUCACUGGUGUUUCUCCUCCAGUCUCUCUGAUCAUCAGUCCAAACAGAACUCAACACUUCACAUCGGUCUCUCUCUCUCUGAGCUGUGAGGACCAGAGUAACUCUGAUAGAUGGACAGUGAGAAGAUACACAGAGAGGAAAGGACUAGUGGAUUGUUCAUCAACAGUGUGGGGAUCACAAGCAGGAUCUUCAUGUACAAUCAGCUUCAGCAAAACAUCAGACACUGGAGUGUACUGGUGUCAGUCUGAAUCUGGAGAGAACUAUCAUCCUGUUAAUAUCACUGUACUCUCUGGUGUGAUUCUGGAGAGUCCUGUUCAUCCUCUGACUGAAGGAGAUUCUCUGACUCUAUGCUGUUUAUAUCAACAUUCAACCUCGCCAAACUUCAGAGCUGAUUUCUAUAAAGAUGGAUCACUCAUCCAGAGUCAAACUACAGAGAUGAUCAUCUCUAAUGUCUCAAAGUCACAUGAGGGUUUCUACUACUGCAAACACCCAGAGAAAGGAGAGUCACCCAAGAGCUGGAUCUCAGUCAGAGAAAGUUCAAAACCCAAAGUGAGCAUUAAACCUGAUCAACAUGUAUUCAGAAGAGAGACAGUCACUCUCAGAUGUGACAUUGAUGCUGAAGGAGUCACUAUCUGGAAGUACAGCUGGUAUAAAGACGGUUCAGUCAGUGUUUUCAGUGAAGGACAGGAACACACAUUCAGGUCUGUUACUGAGUCUGAUGAGGGUAAAUACUCCUGUUAUGGAGCAGAGAGAGAAGGAUCACGAACAUCAAUCAUCAGUGAUGAAGUGACACUGACAGUAUCAGAUAAAGCCCAGACAGUUUUACGUGUUUCUCCUGAGAAGUGGUUGACUGAAGGAGAUCCAGUGACUCUGAUCUGUGAGGUUAAAGGUUCAUCUACAGGCUGGACAUUCAUCUGGUUUACUCAAACUACUGCAUCAGGUAGUUAUCAUUAUCAUCUGCUCUCAGACAGCAGCAGAGGAGCUGAAGGAAUCUACACUGUCAGUUCUGCUGCUCUAAAACACACAGGAGUUUAUGUGUGUAGAGCAGAGAGAGGAAAACCAGCCUAUAACACAACCUUCAGCAACACACAACCACUAUGGGUCACUGGUGUUUCUCCUCCAGUCUCUCUGAUCAUCAGUCCAAACAGAACUCAACACUUCACAUCGGUCUCUCUCUCUCUGAGCUGUGAGGACCAGAGUAACUCUGAUAGAUGGACAGUGAGAAGAUACACAGAUAGUGGACAUCUAGAAGAUUGCUCAUCAUCAGUGUGGGGAUCACAAGCAGGAUCUUCAUGUACAAUCAGAUCCACUAUCGUAUCAGACACUGGAGUGUACUGGUGUCAGUCUGAAUCUGGAGAGAACUAUCAUCCUGUUAAUAUCACUUUACACUGUGAGUCUAAAAAAACAUCUAUGUUUAUUUACGCUUUAAUUAAUGUCACCAUAGUAUUAUUAUUUGUAAUCAGCAUGUUUCGUCUGUUAUUUAGCUGCUGUGAUUCUGGAGAGAACUGUUCAUUAUGUGAUGAUUACUGAAAUGCACUGACAUCUAAAUGUAUCUUCAGCAGUCUCAGUUUCUGACGAUUUCAAUCCCAUGAUAAUUGGAGUGACUGCAGGACUGUCUGUCACAUGUUUGAUCAUUGUCUUCAUGAUCCUGCUGUGCUGCUACAGAAAAAGCAAAGGUGUAAGAUCUCAGUCUCCCUCUAGUGUCAGUCAACAGCAGAACAUCAGUCAGACAUCAGAGCAGGACCAGAGUGAAGACGGAAACAACACACUGCUGUCUGGAACAGCCCAUAUUUAUGAAUCCGUUUAUGCGACAACUAAUAACAAUGUCAUAAUUACAGACAAUGUAAGUGGAUCUACCGAACAUAUCUAUACAGAGAUCGAACCUACAAGUCUUUUAGGGAAACCCAAUAAAGGCUGUCACACUGUUUACUCUAAACUGACUCUGGUGACCCAUCAAGCCGCUGAAUCUAAUGACUGCAGACCCGGGAUGCUGAUGAGUCUAGGUUGAGAAGAGCUGGAGAGUGAGCGGGAUCAGCAGUGCUUUAUCAUCUUUGUGAUACACUUGACUUAUCAGUAGAUGUCACAUCGAUGAGCUUCAGUGAUGCCAUCUUUAAAGCAAUGCUCCGAUUCCAUUUACUGUGACACUCAAAUAUUACAUUCAUUUCUGAGGUGAAUGAAAUAGAACUAUUGUUGUUAUUAUAAUGUAAUUAUAAUUGCGUAGGCUGUAUUAUAUCCUUACAUUCCAUACAAAUAAUUGCUUGGUUGCUAGGGUGCAGAGCAUGAGGACCUGUCCCUGUUCUUUUCUUUCUUUCUUUCUCUGCUUUUCGCUAUCAAUUAAGAGUAUCAACGUGUCAAGAACU